CUCUUUAUUACAAAAAAAUGAAAAAGAUAGUUUUUAUCUAAAAGGCAAAUCAUGUUCUUAUCAAGACUUGUCCUAAGCUUCGAAAGACUUUCGUCGCUCUCAAGAGUUUGAGAGCAUUGGACUGUUGGAAGAAGAUUGAUCGAUCAUUGUUGUAUUUUACUGUCGCAUAGUUUACUUCAUAGCUUACGAUAUGUCUAGUGAGCUUGAAGCAGAAAGCGUGUAUGACAUGGUUGUAGUAGACCGAGAACAAGAUGUUGGUGUAGUAACACUGCAGUUAUUUAGGCUAUACACUCUACGUAAACUUGGUCGCCAUUUCAAACCAGUCAUACCCUUUGGUCCCCACCUCUUCGGAAGUGGAAAGACAAAAUUCGUACAAAGUUACUUGGAACUGGUGAAUAAUAUGGGUGAAAGUGCACUGAUAGGUCUCGAUUACGUUGGUGAGUCUGAGAAGGCCAACCGAAGAGGUUUCCUGGAGAAGCUGAAAAGGGCUUCAUUGCUCUUUGUGGAUUUGAGGGAGUUGGAGCCCACAGACCCGAAAGAACGCAACCUUGAGUGGGCAGUCUACUAUUUGUUAAUAAAGGUUGCUUGUCUGCAAUCAGGUCUUCCGCAACCAGACCCGGACGAAUGUUUCAAGGAACUGAAACUUAGGACUGAUGCUUUGGUUCAGAAAAUCCGUUCAAUCUUAAACAUUCCUUCGGAUCAAUAUCUUUUGUUGGCAUUUGACGAAGUUGGUGUCCUUGACGAAAGUCUCGACGAAUUUCAUUUCAAGAGAACCAAUGACGGUAGAGUUCGACCUUACAAUGACUUUUUCGGUAUUAUUCGUGAGUUGUGUAAAGAACCCGACUUGUUUUUUAUAGUUGUUGGGAAAAGUGAAGGCUUAAAUAUAUAUAAUUACGUAGCUUCAGUCUCAAGAGUUCAGUUAGUGUUUAUUCCUCUUUCGCCGCUUGAGAACCAUAGUAUCGUGGAACAUUUGGAGAAAAGUUCUUCCUUUUUAUUCCCUGGGAGCCCAAAGGUUUCAGAAAUUCUUUGUCACGAAGACUUCUCAACUAGUGAACUUGCAGAAUUGUUGUUGGAAUUGACUGGUGGUGUUCCUGGUUUACUUGUUCGAGCAAUCAGUUACCUUUUGCUGUAUAAAUCAUCCAUCAGCAAUUUCUCAUUAUCUAAGGAAACCUUCUUGAUCAUAAUGAAUGAUCUUUCAGUAACAAAUUAUUGUGUUGCUCCAUUCUUACCUCGUCUGAUAAGUCUCAGUGAGCAGCGUAAGCGCUUGUUAAGAAUGCUUACGUUAUUAUCUUUGUAUCGUAUUCGAUUUGAUUUUGAUGAAACUGUGCAAAUGAGCUCAAAUUCUGAUGUGUUUUUGUUUGAUCUAGUUACAGAUAUGUGUCUCUAUCGUCGAUUGGUUAUAGACCCAUACCGCAACGAACGCUGUGAAGUGUUGAUUCCCAGGUUACUGAUUGAAUAUAUUAACCAAGGCUUAAAGGAUGAUCGUUUAGAAUGGUUACUUUUACAAACUCUCAAGUCUCAAUUUAUGGAAUUCUUUUAUGAGUCGAAAUGUCGAAUUUUUGAAGGUCUUAUUGCUACACUGUUUUAUUUACAUUUUUCUCGGCGUCCUACAAACAGCUCAAUGUUUUCUACUCUUGGUCAAUUGUCUCGUGUUUGGAAUGAAAUGAAUUUACAAUUUUCUUCCGAAUCUGCUGCUUAUUAUAUGAAAUCUAUACAUAAUACCAGAACUGUAUCAGGAACAGAGAGAAUGACAUUUGGAAGCAAUGAUGAAUGGGAAAGGAUAGUGAAAGAAAUGUUAGAACUUGAAAAGAUAUAUAUUCCAUUUCAUUCAACAUUCCAUAGUCCAGAGAUAUUAUUCAAGUUGCAUGGAAGAACGAAUGAGAAGAACUUGAUGAUUGUGGGUAUUGCUUGUAAAGGCCGAUGGAGUCGUAAUGGUAUUCGAUGGAAUGAAAUUUUGGAAGAAGCUCACAAGUUUUUGAAACCAGUGCAUGAUCAAGUAUUGACUAGUCAUCCUACAUGGCAUUGUAUGUUGAUUAUUAUGAGUACUCAGUUAGCAACCAACGUAUCUGAGGACUUGAAUCAUUCUAGUCGUUGUUAUUCAUCUGGCGAUAGUGUUGAAGAUUUCGUGAUUCCUCACAACUGUGAAUUGGUUAUUCUUUCUGAAGCUGAUGUAGAAAACUUUAUUGGCAAAGACAUUUUAUCAAAUUUAAGGAACGCUUUCAAAUCUGUGGAUAAUCCACAUUCGAGAAAUAUUGGCAUUUCAACCCUACAAGAAAUAGUUUUAUCUCUUUCCAAAAAUAUUUAGGAAUAUUUUGUUUUAAUAUCUUAGAAGUUUUACAAAAACAAGCACUUUCAGAGGUUGUUAUAAAUCGGGCUAUUUUAUAAGACACUUUCAAAAACCAUAUCAAACUUGAGGAAAUUAUUCCUCUGACCACAGUUGUGUGAUUUGGAUGACAUACUCCAUUGUUUCGUGCUGUAUAAUGCAUAAAUGAAGCUAAUAGCAACAAAGCUGAGCUCUGAGUGUAGCAUUCAUCUACUUUUCCAUUGAAAACAACGAGGUAGAUUGGACUUUGGAAAUUCUUCAAAAUUUGACAACUUGUUUCCACAUAUACUCGUGCUUGUCUUGAAUCUUCUUCUGCCUGUCGCCAGAAAGAAUAUGACAUUACCUUUUUAUUCAAUUAGAUCAUCUUAUUGAAAUGGUCUUCACAAUUCCAGGUUUGCUGUUUUUACGAUGCAUACAUUUCAACUUGUUGUUCUUAGGAUCUCAUCAUCAAAUAAGGCGGUAAAAUAUAUCUAGUCAGAAUAGUUGAGAAAAUCACACGGUAUUAACCUGAGUCCAUAUUGUAGUCUAGAAAAAGUAUUUUCUGCGUACUGAAGGAUCUAAUAACAAAGCAAUAUACGAGUUUUUGAAAAU